UUAAAUUCAAAUUCGAAUUCAAAUACUAUUUGAUUUGCCGCGAGUCUAAUCGCGCUCUAUUUUAUCGAUUGGAACUAGUUGGAGCGACUGAAGUGAAGUUUGCUGCUGAGAAAAUCGUAUUUUAUGUUCCCGGUUAAAAAGCAAGUUCGUUUCGUUUGCACUGCGAAGGUUUUUCAGUGGUGGUUCACAAUGUUUAUGUGAAUAUACGUGUGUGAAAGUAAAUAGUCGGUUGCUUUCAGUCGCUUUUCAGCCACCGGCGUAAAAGCUUAUGGAUAUGGAUGUUGAGACUAAUUCGUGUUCAGGUUAAUCAAAGACGUAUCGGAGUGCCAGUGUUCAAAUUUAUAUAAACCACUACAAGCAAAACCCGAUCGUAUCGUGCGACGCUUUCAUCAUCAAACGGGUGACAUAGGAUAUUUUUUCUCAACACUUUUCUGCUAUGCGUUUUGAUAGCCAAAACCAAAACCAAAAAGACAACUGGGCACGAGUGAAUUAAUAAGAUGCUAGGUGAAAUGAACUGUGAUAAAAACUGAGUGAAAUUGCUGGAUAUUCACGCUAAGGUUGCUGAUACUGCUUUUAUCGUAUCCGUUUUCUUUUAUUUCUGAAUACCAAAAAAAGAGGGUUUUCACUUGUCACGAAUAAGAUCUCGUCAGCUAUGUGAGCAACAUGUUCGAUUUACUUGUGGCAAAUGUAGCCGUGCGGUGUUAAUGUAAUCCAGUUGUAAUUUUUUAGUAUCAAAAUAAAAAGCGCUACAAUUAUUCCAUCUAUAUUAUCAUCGGCGGGCGCCAAUUUGAAGAGCCUCAAUACUAGAUUGAUUUUAUGAUAAGAACAUUUCAGCCGUUGAUCAUGACCAGAUCUUAUAAAAAUGUAGCGGGGUUUUCAUACCAUUAAUUUCGUGACUUUGAGCUAGCUGCAUGGGUUAUUCAGACGAAAAAAAAUUCAUUAAAAAUUAAUUUAUAAUAAUGCUUUAUGAACUAACGAUAAAGUAAAAUCAACCGCAAGUAAGGCAGAUCAGAGUUCAACUCGAGGUGGCUACGUCAUCAUCCGGGUACGAACUUAAAGCAAUGCAACACCAGCAAGAAUAAAGGUCCUCGUAGUCUAUAGCAGAAGAUCGGAGCGAAUCUUAAGAUGGGAGAAAUCCUGGGUUCGGCUAGCUUCCUUCACCUUGGCGAUAUCGUCAGCCUUUACGCCGAGGGAAAUGUUGCUGGCUUCCUGUCUACUCUCGGACUGGUGGAUGACAGAUGCGUUGUCUGUCCAGAGGCAGGGGAUCUUUCAAAUCCGCCGAAGAAAUUUCGAGAUUGCCUCUUCAAGAUAUGUCCAAUGAACCGUUAUUCUGCCCAAAAACAGUUUUGGAAAGCAGCUAAACAAAGCGGUAGUUCAGGCACAGAUGCUGUAUUACUCAAAAGACUACACCAUGCAGCGGAAAUUGAAAAGAAACAAAAUGAAAGCGAACACAAAAAACUCUUGGGCACGGUCGUUUCCUACGGGAGCGUUAUUCAGUUGCUGCAUCUUAAGUCUAACAAAUUCUUGACGGUAAAUAAAAGGCUGCCAGCUUUGCUAGAAAAAAAUGCAAUGAGAGUAUAUUUGGAUGCGAAUGGGAACGAAGGAUCAUGGCUCUACAUAAUGCCAUUUUAUAAACUACGAAGCGAUGGGGACAGUGUUGUGGUCGGUGACAAGGUCAUAAUGGAACCUGUGAACGCCGGAAGGCAAGGACUCCAUGUAGCAGCUAAUUAUGAGCUCAGUGACAACCCAGGAUGCAAGGAGGUGAAUGUUGUCAACUUGUCAACAUCAUGGAAAGUCACACUUUUCAUGGAGCAUAGGGAGAAUCAGGAGGAAAUAUUAAAAGGGGGUGAUGUUGUCAGACUUUUUCACGCGGAGCAAGAGAAAUUUCUCACAAUGGAUGAGUACAAGAAAAAACAACAUGUUUUUUUGAGAACUACGGGGAGAUCAAGUGCAACAGCUGCAACCAGUAGCAAAGCUUUGUGGGAGGUUGAGGUUGUUCAACACGAUCCUUGUAGAGGUGGGGCUGGACAUUGGAACUCAUUAUUCAGAUUCAAGCAUUUGGCAACUGGACAAUACCUGGCUGCAGAAGUAGACACGGAUGAACCAAGAGAAAUGACAACAGGCAAGCGUGAACCUAUCGGGCCAAUUUAUCGACUGGUGUCCGUUCCACACAGCAACGAAAUUAGUUCCUUGUUUGAACUGGAUCCCACGACACUGACGCGUGUCGAUAGCCUCGUUCCUCAGUCUUCGUUUGUCAGACUGCAUCAUAUCUGUACAAAUACUUGGGUGCAUUCCACGAGUGUACCCAUCGAUAAGGACGAUGAGAAGCCUGUGAUGUCAAAGGUCGGUUGUGCACUAAACAAAGAAGACAAAGAAGCUUUUGCUCUGCGAUCUGUUUCUCCAGUGGAAGUCCGUGAUCUAGAUUUUGCAAACGACGCAUGCAAGGUUUUGGCAUGUAUAAGUGGGAAGCUCGAAAGAGGAACAAUUUCGCACAACGAAAGACGAGCUGUUACCAGUCUCCUGCAAGACAUAGUAUACUUCAUCGCAGGAUUCGAAAAUGACCAAAAUAAAUCCGAAGCGCUGGAAUUAAUUGUUCCAAAUGCUUUAAGAGAUAGACAGAAACUUCUCAGAGAACAAAAUAUUUUGGGACAACUUUUUAAAAUCCUUCAGGCACCCUUUUUAGAAUCAGCUGCCGGAGAAGGACCGUUUCUCAGAAUAGAAGAGCUCAAUGACCCAAGGCACGCACCGUAUAAAUAUAUGUUUCGUUUAUGUUAUCGGAUUCUGAGAUUGUCGCAACAAGACUACAGAAAAAAUCAGGAAUAUAUAGCUAAACAUUUUGCUUUUAUGCAAAAACAAAUUGGCUAUGAUAUACUGGCAGAGGACACGAUAACGGCUUUGUUACACAACAACCGAAAGCUUCUUGAGAAACACAUAAGAGCUGCCGAGAUUGAGACGUUUGUGGGACUUGUAAGAAAAAACAUGCACAACUGGGAAUCUCGUUUCUUAGAUUACCUCUCAGAUCUUUGUAUUUCGAAUAAAAAAGCCAUCGCCGUCACUCAGGAACUGAUAUGCAAAAGUGUACUGAGUACCAAAAAUGAGGACAUACUGAUCGACACCAGAAUAAUGAACACACCUGUUGAAGUUGAAGAUAUAGACGAAAGAGGUGAAAACGAAGAACCCCAGAUAACGAUAAUCGAAGAAUUGGAAGUUUUACUUGUCUGGAACAAUGGGACGCGAUCUAUGUCGCUAGGAGAGCUGUCUCGGGGAGCCAAAAUGGGAAACAUCGAAGACGCAGCGAUUUUAGACUACUACAGACAUCAGCUUAAUCUGUUUAGCAAUAUGUGUCUCAACAGACAAUACUUAGCGCUGAAUAACUUAUCCCCACAUCUGGGGAUUGAUUUGAUCCUCAAGUGCAUGGCGGAUGAGACUGUACCUUAUCGUUUACGAGCAUCAUUCUGUCGGCUUAUGUUACAUCUGCACGUAGAUCGAGACCCCCAAGAGCCGGUCACCCCGGUGAAAUAUGCUCGGCUAUGGUCCGAAAUACCAUCAAAAAUGAGUAUUAACGACUAUGACACAAACAAAACGCCUGAUCAGAAUAAGGAAGUUGUGCGUGCGAGGUUUAGCUCGACGAUAAUGUUUGUUGAAGACUAUCUGUGCAACGUUGUAGCAAAAAUGUGGUCGUUUGCUGAUCAGGAACAAAAUAGACUCACUUUUGAGGUCGUUAAAUUGGCCCGUGACCUCAUAUAUUUUGGAUUCUACAGCUUCAGCGAUUUGUUAAGAUUAACGAAAACGCUGCUGAGUAUAUUGGAUUGCGUAUCCGAGAGUGAUUUUUCUGAUGGAAAAAUACCCACAGGUGAAAUUCACUCUGAGAACAUGGAUUUAGAAGAAGCUGAAGGAGGAGUCUUGCGAUGUAUCGGAGAUAUGGGAGCAGUGAUGACGAGCUUAACACUCGGUCCUGCUGGUCAAGUACUAGCAGGUGCAUCGAAGCCACGUCCAAAACCAAGCAUGAAGACAGAGUAUCCUCUAGUAAUGGAUACAAAACUGAAGAUUAUUGAGAUCCUGCAGUUUAUCUUGGACGUCCGUCUGGAUUAUAGGAUAUCGUGCUUGCUAAGUAUCUUUAAACGCGAAUUUGACGAGACCGAAAGAACUUCGGACAAUGUAACUCCUGGGCAAAGAGAAAUUAAUUUGGAAACCAUCGGGUCUCAAGCGGAAGGGAUAUUUGGCAGCAGCGAGGAGUGCGUCGUACUGGAUUUGGACGGUCAGGGCGGACGGACUUUUCUACGAGUCUUGCUUCACUUAGCCAUGCAUGAUUACCCGCCGUUAGUUUCCGGCGCUCUGCAUCUACUCUUCAGACAUUUUAGUCAGCGUCAAGAAGUUUUACAGGCAUUUAAACAGGUCCAACUUUUAGUCUCAGACAGCGAUGUCGAGUCUUAUAAACAAAUCAAAUCGGACCUUGACGUUCUGCGACAAUCUGUAGAAAAGUCGGAAUUAUGGGUAUAUAAGUCAAAGGCUACUGAGGAGCAUGGUAACAAAAAAAAGAAGAACAAAGACGAAGAGGAAGAUACAUCUACCCCCAGGAAAGCCCCACCUCAGUUGUCACCUACGGAUAAAAAAGGAUCAGCCAUCGACUUGGAUGUUGGACCGCCUCUACACCCUGAACAAGCGGAUGAGUAUAAAAAGAUUCAACAGAUUUUGAUCAGGAUGAACAAAUUUUGCAUUCAAACGCUUCCUGGUGGUCAAUUGAAGGCCCGUAAACACGAGCAAAGACUUCUACGUAACGUUGGUGUUCACACAGUGGUGUUAGACUUGCUCCAAGUACCUUUUGAUGCUAAAGAAGACGUCAGAAUGAAUGAACUUAUGCGCUUAGCCCACGACUUUUUGCAAAACUUUUGCCUAGCAAAUCAGCAAAAUCAAGUCCUUCUUCAUAAACAGCUGGAUUUGUUUUUGAAUCCUGGUAUCCGUGAAGCACAAACCGUAUGCAGUAUUUUCCAAGAUAAUUCUACACUCUGUAACGAAGUUAACCCUAAAGUAAUACAGCAUUUCGUUCACUGCAUCGAAACACAUGGACGACAUGUACAAUACCUGAAGUUCCUGCAGACAAUCGUCAAAGCUGAAAAUCAAUUUAUAAGAAAGUGUCAGGAACUUGUCAUGCAAGAGCUUGUUCAAGCUGGUGAGGAUGUUCUAGUCUUUUACAACGAUAAAGCGUCGUUUAAUCAUUUUGUUGAAAUGAUGCGAUCAGAACGACAUCGUAUGGAUGAAAGCAGUCCAUUGAGAUAUCAUAUAGAAUUGGUCAAACUGCUCGCUUGUUGUACAAUGGGUAAGAAUGUGAAUACAGAAAUAAAAUGCCAUAGUUUGUUGCCACUUGAUGACAUCGUUGUAAUGGUGUCGCAUCAGGAUUGUAUACCGGAGGUUAAAGAUGCUUACAUUAAUUUCCUGAAUCACUGUUACAUCGAUACUGAAGUAGAAAUGAAGGAAAUUUACACAUCCAACCACAUGUGGUCGCUGUUUGAAAAGUCAUUUAUUGUUGACAUGGGAAUAAUUGCUGCAGCGACUCAUGAUCGCCGACACGCAGAUACAGCUUUGGAGAACUACGUUACCAAUGGUUUGAUGAACGUAAUCUCUACGUUCUUCAAUAGCCCAUUCUCGGAUCAGAGUACAACGGUGCAGAAACAUCUUCACGAAGCAAGGCUAUUUUGGAGUUUGAAGGAGUGCGAUCGGAACAGUGAUAAUAAUCUUGACGAUGACACUCGUCAGCCAAUAUUCGUCCAGUUGUUACAUGCUGCGUUCAAAGUUUCGCAAUGCUCUUGGCUUAAUUCUGGGCAAAGAUUCAACACAGAAAAUUGCAUCAGAACCCUGAAGGACGUUGCUAUUGGCAGAGGCAUAGCCAUUCCGACAGAUCUGGAGAGCCAGGUUGCUUCUAUGUUCAAUAAAGCUGCUCUGCUUACCAGACAAACCAGCAAGUGGCUUCAGGCAGCAAAACAACCCAAGAUUGAACGGAGUCAAAGCCAGCCUGACUUGGCUUCUGAUUGGGAUGUCAGCGACGAGUUAAUGAGACUGGAUCGUAGCAUCAUCGAGGGAUUACAAGACAUAGUGUCCCUCUUGGAAGAACAAUUGAAGCCGCUUGUUCAGUCUGAAUUGUCUUUGUUGGUUGAUAUACUGUAUCGCCCCGAGUUACUAUUUCCAGCAUCAACGGAAGCUAGGAAACGGUGUGAAAACGGAGGUUUCAUUAGGAGGUUGAUAAAACACACGGAAAAAUUGCUAGAGGAAGAGGAAGAAAAAUUAUGCGUGAAGGUUUUAAGAACACUACGUGAGAUGAUGGCAAUCGAUCCGGAGUAUGGAGAAAAGGAGGAUCAGGUGGAAUCCGUGGAUGGUGUAGCUGCCGAAACGGGAAAGGAGUUCAGCAUUGAUAACCAAUCCAUUGAUCAAUUCACCGAUCGUCGUAUGACCCAGCAAGAGCGGGGCGACGUUUUGAGGCAUAAUCUAUUGAUACGUUAUUUUGGCAAGAUCUUUGUACAAAAACCGGAGAAUGUCGAGAUCGGCGUACCUUGUACGACCGCAGUCACACACGGACCUGGAGCAAAAAUAUUGUUGAGAGCUGGAAGAACCCUUCACGAUGUGCAGAGCCACCUGGAUAAAGAAGGGGCUUCCGAUUUGGUUGUGGAAUUAGUGAUCAAGAGUGUUCAUUCGCCAAGUAUUUUCGUAGAAGCCGUCGAAUUGGGAAUAGCUUUGUUAGAGGGUGGGAAUCCGAUAAUCCAAAAAAGUAUGUUCACAAAACUGAUGGGUGGUGAUUUGAGUCAAUCUUUCUUCAAGGUCUUCUUUGACAAAAUGAAAGAUUCGCAGCAAGAAAUCAAGUCCACAGUUACCGUAAACACUUCUGAUAUCGCUGCUAAAGCUCACGAAGAUAAAGAACAAAGCAAGGAACUAGAAAAAAUCUCGAGAAAACGAGGCGGGGGCAAACCAAAUGGAAUCGUCAUCACCGAAGAGCUGCACGAUGAAUUGAAUCAAGCUGCUACCUCAACCGCUCAUGCCUAUGCAAGCGUCAGAAAUUUGGUACAAGGGGACGAAGCGCACCACAAUUUAGCGCUUGGCUUUGCAUUGGAAGAUAUGUUGGCAGAAAAACUUGAGAGACACAGAACUGGCGGUGGAAACAGCGCUGAAAGAGACGAAGGACAAUUAAGUGGAAAAGUUCUGGUAAUGCAACCGAUACUGCGAUUCUUACAAUUGCUGUGCGAGAAUCAUAACAGAGAUUUACAGAAUUUAUUGCGAAAUCAGAACAACAAAACAAACUUUAAUUUGGUAUCAGAAACACUAAUGUUCCUAGACUGCAUUUGCGGUUCUACGACCGGUGGCCUUGGUCUACUCGGUUUAUACAUAAACGAGUUCAACGUUGCUCUCAUUAAUCAGACACUCGAAACCUUGACUGAAUAUUGCCAAGGACCGUGUCAUGACAACCAAAAUUGUAUAGCUACUCACGAGUCCAAUGGCUUGGAUAUAAUAACGGCAUUGAUCUUGAACGACAUUAAUCCGUUGGGGAAAACGCGGAUGGACUUGGUUCUUGAACUUAAAAAUAACGCAAGCAAAUUGCUGCUCGCUAUAAUGGAAAGCAGAGGUGACAGCGAAAAUGCGGAAAGAAUAUUAUACAACAUGAAUCCAAAACAGCUUGUCGAUGUAGCUUGCAGAGCCUUUCAUCAAGAGUCUCUAGAUGACGACGACGCCGAUGAUACUUCCACUGACGGAGAAGAUGGCGUUUCUCCGAAGGAAGUCGGGCAUAAUAUUUAUAUCCUUUGUCAUCAAUUGGCACAGCACAACAGAGAGCUACAGACAAUGUUAAGACCAUCGGAAUACAACAACGCUGAUCCAAAAACUAACAGGGCACUCAAAUAUUACGCUUCUCACACGGCUCAGAUUGAGAUCGUCAGGCAAGACAGAACUUUGGAACAAAUAGUCUUCCCGAUACCAGAAAUUUGCGAACUCAUAACUCUCGACACAAAAUUGAGGGUUUUAACUACCGCCGAACGUGACGACCAAGGAUCUAAGGUGUCCGACUUUUUUGAACGAACCGAAGAUAUGUUCAACGAAAUGAAGUGGCAAAAGAAACUCAGAGGACAACCGAUGUUAUUUUGGGUUAGCAGUUACAUGUCCUUAUGGAGCAACAUAUUAUUCAACUGUGCAGUUUUAAUCAAUCUUAUCGUGGCAUUUUUUUACCCAUUUGUGGAUUCUGUGCCCAAGCUGUGUCCUCAUUUGUCAGGACUCAUAUGGACGGUGAUGUUAUCUUCGGCAGGUAUAGUUGUAACAUUGCCAAGAGAAUCUGGUAUUCGAACACUCGUCGCAUCGACCAUACUACGUUUAAUAUUCUCGGUUGGACCCGAACCCACUUUAUGGCUCCUGGGAUUUUUGACGGUUAUUUUAAAAGUUAUUCAUCUCAUAAGCAUAAUAGGGAACCAAGGAACGCUGAGUAAAAGCAUAGAACAGAUAGUAACGAACGUUGAGCUAUGGUAUCAUCUUUCUUAUCUCAUCUUCUGCUUCCUCGGCAUAGCUAUGCACCCCUUUUUCUUCUCAGUUCUGUUAUUCGACGUCGUUUAUCGAGAAGAAACUCUGCUCAACGUAAUAAAAUCAGUUACUAGAAAUGGACGAUCAAUUAUAUUGACUGCUGUAUUGGCUUUGAUAAUUGUUUAUAUGUUCUCAAUUAUCGGCUAUAUGUUCUUCCGGGAUGACUUUUUAGUGAGCAUCGAUGAAGAGAUCAUUUCUACUUCUGGUGAAGACAAUUUAGGAUCUUGCGAGUCGAAUAAGUUGGAAGACUGCGAAGCGACAGAAACUAUUUCUCGCUACAAGCGAGAAGAUGAAGAACCUCAUAGAAGAGCGGAGCUUGUGAGCGUAGGUGGAGAACUUAAAGAACGAGCUUGCGAUUCGCUAGUUAUGUGUAUCGUUACAACUCUGAAUCAAGGUUUAAGGAAUGGCGGAGGAAUCGGUGAUAUACUAAGAGCUCCGUCAAGCACCGAAGGGCUCUUUGUUGCCAGAGUCGUGUACGAUUUGCUCUUCUUCUUCAUCGUCAUUAUUAUUGUGCUCAAUUUGAUCUUUGGUGUGAUCAUCGACACAUUUGCUGAUCUUAGAUCUGAAAAACAGCAGAAAGAAUUAAUACUCAAAAGCACAUGUUUUAUCUGCGGGUUAAAUAGAUCUGCAUUCGAUAAUAAGACGGUUUCAUUUGAGGAGCACGUUAAACAGGAGCACAAUAUGUGGCAUUAUCUCUACUUCAUAGUAUUGGUGAAAGUGAAAGAUCCAACGGAGUUCACUGGUCCGGAGUCCUAUGUCUACGCAAUGGUCAAGGAUCGUAAUCUUGAGUGGUUUCCGAGACUACGUGCUAAAUCUCUGGCAGCUGACGAAGGCGAGGGCGAACAAGUCGAACUUAGAAGUUUACAGUCUCAGCUAGAAUGCACUCAACACUUAGUUAAAUGCUUAUCUCAACAGCUCACCGAGCUCCGUGAUCAAAUGACGGAACAACGAAAGCAGAGACAACGUCAAGGAUUGUUAAACUCCGCUUCCGCAUUACUUCACAACAUACCUGCAUAAGAAAAACUUCGAUGCAAAAAUCCAGGCGAAUCUAAUGAAUCUCUCGUUGCGAACUGAUGGAAAUUCAACGGUUUUUCGUUCCUUUUCAUUCAUUAAAAUGCUGUUAAGAAGAGAAAAAGGUGAUCAUGACCAAUCAAUUUCGUGCCGUGUCAAAGACACUUUAAACAAAAAGAUAAUUAUCAAGGUUGUCGAUGAAGUAUACCUAGAAUCUCGACGUUAGACGUCGCAAAUUAUCCGUACUGUAAUUGAUAUACAUAUGUAUAAGUAGGUAAAUAGGUUAGGAGAGUACAUCAUUAUAAAAUAGCAUAUAUGUAUAAAUAAACAUGUAUAUACCUAUAUAAUUGGUUGUAUGAUAACAUAAUGAACAGGAGUGAGAAGAAUGCUAAAACACACAAAAUUGUAGGUAAGUAGUUAGGUUCAUAUAAUAUGGGUAUACUCUAUAAAACAUAGAAAAGUUAUGUUUUGUUAAGAUCUCAUUCUACACAUUUCAUACAAGAUAACUUAGGGUAUUAUAUUAUGUGAUGUUAUUCUGCCAGUCAUAUUUGAGCGAUCUGUUGAAAAUAUAUCUUAUCAGUAAUAAAGAAUUUUGUAAAAUGA